CUAAAUGCCGUUUUCAGGAACGGCUUUUGCAAUUAACGGUACGCUACAGAAUUUAGACAGUUACCGGUACAUACUACAACAACAACAAACAUGUCGGAAAGAUACAGUUUUUCGCUGACUACUUUCAGUCCAUCAGGAAAGCUUGUACAGAUUGAAUAUGCUUUAGCAGCAGUGGCAGCAGGUGCCCCAUCUGUGGGCAUUAAAGCCACAAAUGGUGUUGUCCUGGCAACAGAGAAGAAACAGAAAUCCAUCUUAUAUGAUGACAAUAGUAUACAUAAAAUUGAACUGAUCACAAAAAAUAUUGGUAUGGUAUAUAGUGGAAUGGGACCAGAUUACAGAGUUUUAACAAAAAGUGCAAGAAAAUUAGCGCAGCAAUAUUUCCUACAGUACCAGGAACAGAUACCAACGUCACAACUUGUACAACGAGUGGCCAAUGUCAUGCAGGAAUUUACACAGUCUGGUGGUGUUAGACCUUUUGGAGUCUCAUUAUUGAUGGCAGGCUGGGAUGAAGCUGAAGAAAGACCAUAUCUAUAUCAGUGUGAUCCUUCUGGAGCAUAUUUUGCUUGGAAAGCUACAGCUAUGGGGAAAAAUUUUGUAAAUGGUAAAACAUUCUUAGAAAAAAGAUACAGUGAAAGUCUCGAGUUAGAAGAUGCAGUACACACUGCCAUUCUCACGUUAAAGGAGAGCUUUGAAGGUCAGAUGACGGAGGACAACAUUGAGAUCGGCAUCUGUAAUCAGGACGGCUUCAAAAGACUGAGUACAGCCGAAGUGAAAGAUUAUCUUGCAUCUGUUCAAUGAUCGGUGUAUAGACUUAAUGUUAUCAUUAAUUAUCAUUCAUUCUUACUACUGAGAUCUUAAUAAAUGAACACGAGAUCUUUAUAAAUAAAUAAGAUCUUUAUAAAUAAACAAGAUCUUUAUAAAUAAAUAAGAUCUUUAUAAAUGAGCGCUGUGUUUAGUUGGCAAAUGUUAAUGAGACC